GCUGUGUAAGGCAGAGCUUUCUCAGAAGAUCUAGAGCCCACAAUCAGAUAGAUCUACAGGCUCUCCUUGGCUCCUUGGGGAUAGCUGGCCUUUUGGGGCUGUUGGCCUCCUAGACAAGACCUCAGUGCUCAUUGGCUGGAGGAUCUGGGACGGUGAACAGCUGCAACCCAGCAGAGAACAAUCUCUGCGUAAAAACCGCCAUUCUACUUUCCACUCUGCUGCCUGAGACAACCACAUCCUCCUCACCCCAGACAGGCUCAAUGGAGAGCUCAGAUGUGGAGCUGGACUUCCAGAGAAGUGUGCAGGCUGUGCUCCGAGAGCUCAACACCCCUACCCCGGCCCUCCAGAGUAAUCGCGGCAUGUGGAGAUGGUCUCUGCAUAAGAAGGUGGAGCGAGAUCCAGGCAAGAGCUCCGUGUUGGUCCGGAUUCUGCUCAGAGAGCUGGAGAAGCCUAACCUGCAGCUAGGAGGCGGUGAUCCCUGGAGCACCCAGCCCAGCAUGACACAAGGGUCUCCUAUCUUCCAGGCAGAAAGCGAGGAUGUGCGGCAUGUCCUCAUUCCCUUGCUGCUCACGCUAAUGUACGUGCUCACUAAGCAGGCCACAGGCAUCCCGGAAGAUCUCUACCAUAGAGCCUACACCUUCUGCACCAGGCUGCUGACCCUGCCCGCCCCCUACUCCACGGUUGCCUUGGACUGUGCCAUACGGCUGAAAACAGAGGCAGCCAUCCCAGGUACACUGUUCCAAAGGACUGUCAUUGCGGAGCAGAACCUGAUAAGUGAACUAUACCCUUACCAGGAGAGAGUGUUCCUGUUUGUGGACCCUGAGCUGGUUUCUGCCUCCGUGUGCAGCGCCCUGCUGCUGGAGAUUGAGGCGGCCCAGGAGCAGCAGACACCUGAGGCCUGCAUGCGCCAUGUGGUCUCUCACGCCCUGCAGGCAGCUCUGGGGGAUGCCUGCCACACAGGUGCUCUGAACAGGAAGCUGCAGGCCAGCUCCCGUCGCGUCCUGGAAUACUAUUUCCACGCUAUAGUGGCUGCCAUAGAGCAGGUGGCUAGCGAGGACAGCCCCAGCCGGCUGGGACACCUGGAGAGACUCGAGGAGAUUUACUGUUCGCUGCUAGGGCCAGCGGCCACAAGAAAGCACUGCGUCGGUGACCUUCUUCAAGACCGACUGCCAAACACCCCCCUGCCCAGCCCCUACAUCACCUUCCACCUGUGGACCGACCAGGAGCAGCUCUGGAAGGAACUGGUGCUCUUCCUCCGUCCCCGCUCGCAGCUGCGCCUCAGUGCUGACUUGGAGGCCUUGGAUCUACAAGGACUCAGGCCAGGCAGGGACUUGGCCAGGGUGUCCACUGACAGUGGUAUUGAGCGGGACCUUCCUCUGGGGAGUGACGAGCUCCCAGAUUCCAGCAGCUCAGAGAUGGAGCGGGCUGCACUGCAGCGCAAGGGGGGCAUCAAGAAGCGUGUGUGGCCCCCGGACUUCUCCAUGCCUGGCAGCUGGGAUGGACCCCCAGGGUUGCAUCGGAGGACCGGCAGGCCCAGCGGGGACGGGGCACUACUGCCUGGAGUCUCCAGGGUGCAUACAGCCCGUGUGCUCAUACUGGGAGAUGACAGGAUGUUGGGUCGCUUGGCCCAGGCUUACUACAGACUCAGGAAACGGGAAGCCAAGAAGUUCUGCCUCACUCCUAGACUCAGCCUGCAGCUCUACUACAUCCCUGUGCUGGCGCCUCAGAAUCCAGAGGCAUCCAGAAAGCCUGAGCUGGGAGAGCUGGCUUCCUUCCUGGGUCGCGCAGACCCGUGGUACGAAAGCACUGUCAACACCCUGUGUCCUGCCAUCCUCAAGCUGGCCGAGAUGCCUCCCUGCCUAGACACAUCCCGGACUGUGGACCCCUUUAUCCUGGACGUCAUCACUUACUAUGUUCGCAUGGGCACCCAACCCAUCUAUUUUCAGCUCUACAAGGUGAAGAUCUUCACCAACCUGAGUCAUGACCCUACAGAGGACAUUUUCCUCACGGAGCUGAAGGUGAAGAUCCAAGACUCCAAGUCCCCCAAAGAGGGAUCUUCACCCCGAAGGAAAGGGACAGCUGAAGGCACAGGAGCUGAACUGUCUGUGUGCUACCAAAAGGCCCUGCUCAGCCACAGGCCCCGGGAGGUCACUGUUUCUCUGAGGGCCACAGGCCUGGUCCUGAAGGCCAUUCCAGCCGGUGACACUGAAGGGUUCUCCCACUGCACCUCACCAAAUGCUGCUUCUGCUACAAACUGCACGUGUCUGCAUGUCAGUGUGACGGAGGUUGUCAAGUCCUCCAAUCUUGCAGGAAGGUCGUUCACUACAGCAACAAACACCUUUCGGACAUCCAGUAUCCAAGUCCAGAGCCAAGACCAGAGGCUGCUGACCCUGUGGCUGGACAAAGACAGCCGGCGCACUUUCAGGGACGUGGUCAGAUUUGAGGCUGGCCCCUGCCCAGAGCCAUGUUCACGGGCCCAGAAAUCCAAGAUGGCGGGGUUCCAUCCACAUGGGCAGGAGACAGAAAAGAAUACAGCCAAAUCCAGUCCUCUUCUGAUGCCCAUCAACACAUUCUCUGGCGUCAUCCAGUGAGCCUGAAGGAUAUUAGAAGAUCUGGAUCCAGGGCAGCAGACCCAAGAAGAAAGAAACACUACCUAUCCACCCAUAACACUCAGACUGAUAGCCUCACUGGGCAGCUCUGCUUGGACCAGGAGCCAGGAAUGCCUGGGCAGGAAUGCCUGAGAGUUGAGAGAUCCUGGAUUGUGAUGAAGAAGGACCCAUCCCAAGGCUGAUGGAUUGUUGGACAAGGCUGGGAUGAAAUGAACACAUGCACACACAAGCCAGCUUCUUCCAGAACAUCAUUUUUGUGCUGAUGUUCCUCUCCUACUUCUCAAGCCAAUUUAGGCUCGCUAGGGAGUCCUGCAAACCCAUGCCAAAGGGCUGCAGGUAUAGCUGGGUGGUUCAGUGGUAGAGCACUUACUUAGUACAUGGAAGGCCUUGGGCUUGACCCAGCACCAUUAAAAAGGGGUUGGAGCUGAUGGGUACAAUUUUUGUACCGAGUCCUGCGGCUGAGGAAGAAACAGGAAGUAAGUAAGGGACACUGUGCUGCUUCCUGCUGAGCCUGUACCUUCCUUUCCAGCUCUCAGGUCACAGUUCACCCUUACUAAGGCGGAUCCGUCUCAGUAGAGAAGAAAAUGACAGCAUCAAUAAAAGCACUCUAAAGUG